GCCGCGGGUCAUCGGCGGCGAUUCCAGCGACGCGCCUGGCGUCUUCAAAGCGAAGGCUGGCUGGUGGCUGGAGGCGGUGCAGGGCGCAAUCGUGCAGUCAGUCGAGGGCGAGACUUGUUUCCAGGCGGCCGUGCCAGUGAACCUCGACUACUUCGUCGUGCGCAGCGGUCUGGCGGAGGCCUCGAGCUGCUGCAGCGCGGUCACCCUUGGGCCGUUCAGGCGGCGCUGCGCCGUCAAGCUCGCGGUGAACACGCGCAUGGAGAUCGCGCUGGUGCGGAUCCUGAAGCAGCCGAGGCCUUUCCCGAGGGAGCUGCCUAUCGGCCCGCGGCGCGAGGCCGCCCCGCCGCCAGCCGACCCGCGGGCGCUGGCGGCCUUGGCGGCUUCCCCCCCAGCCGCGAUGGAGGAGGCCCAUUUCGGGGCCAUGCGCCAGGCCGAGGUAGAGCUCUGCUGCGCAUUCCACAUCGACGACCCGCUGGACGAGCAGGCGCACUGCGGGCGCGACCACGAGCCCGAGAAACAUUGGGCGCGCCCUGCCUCCGACCACCCGCAGAUCUCGGGCGGUCCCAAGUCGAGCGGACAGGCGCGGCGACUCCUCACCGUGGCCGACUGCCUGGGCGAUGCCGCCGCGCAGCGGCGCCUGCCGGCGCAGGCGGCCAGGCGUUGCGGCGCGCGCUGGGUCGCAACGGUGGCGGCCGCGGCCGUCGCGCCCGCCGACGAGCUGGCGGCGCUGGCCCCCGAAACUCGCCUCGGGGCCGCCGAGCGCAGCCGACGCCGUCGCGAACGCUUCAACAUAUGGGUGCUGGAGGCACUCGAGCACGGCGCAGGCUGGCCCCGUGCUUGGCGGCGCGGCCCGCGCGGCUGGCACGAGGGCGAGCUGGACAUGCUGGGCGCCCCGAGAGCUGGCCAGCGCGAGGUGGGCGCCAUCGACGGGCGCUGGGCGACCGAGGUCUGGAGCGGCCGACCGCUCGGACGGCGGGACUUCGAGAGUCGAGAGCCAGUCGGACCCGGGGGCGCUGCCCAGGCCGACUGGUCCUUCGCGAGGCGAACGGGCAUGGGCGUCGACCGCGCGUCGCCCCGAGCCCUCGCCCAGGUCUCCGCGGCAACGGCCGAGCUCUUCGCGGGCCUUUGCACGGCGGCCGAGGGGCGGGGCGGAUGGCCUCUGGCGGCGCGGGCGGCGCUCAUCGCGAUGCUGCCCGAGCCCGCGGGCGGCUGGGGGCCCAUCAGACUGCUGCCCAGCGCCCCGCGGAUCUGGAAACAGCUCAGGCAAGCCGAGGCGCGGCGCUGGGUAGCCACCCCCCGCGGCAGCGGCGCAGGCGCCUUCUGGGGCGAACCUGGGCGCUCGGCCCGGGAGUCAGCGCGGCGCCGGGCGCUGGCCGCCAAGGCGGCAGGGGCGCAGCAGCUUCGCGGAGCCGCGCUGCUGAUCGACCUCGAGAAGGCGUGCGAGACGGCGGGGCUCGCGGCGGCCGCGGGCCUCGCCGCGCUCGGCUGCAGGAUCUCGGGGGCCAAGACGGAGGCGGCGGCCGCCGACGCGCCGGCGCGGGGCGAGGUCCAGGCGGCGCUGAAAUCCAGCGCGCUGAGUGCCAGGCCGACGAAGGCCACGAAUCAACUGGGCGCGGACUUCUGCUUGAACGGCUCCGCCGCGGCAGGGGCGGCGAGGAAGCGGCUCGCCGAGGCCCGCGAGCAGCUGGGGCGGGUGGCAGGUGUGCGGCGCCAGUCCAUCAGCGCCACCAUGCGCCUGCCGGCCGCCCGGGCACCGCCGGCGACGUGCUCCUGGGCGUGGAGGCGCGCCGUGCGGGUUCGCCUCGAGCAGGGCCCCAGCGGCCUGGCAGGGGGCGGCCCCGCGACGGCAGCGCUGCUCGCGCUCGAGAGGCUCGGCUGGAGCUCAACGGCAAUGCACCGCGGGGCCGUGGACGACGGGGCCCCGCUGAACCUCGAGGAGGUCGGCGGCCGCGCGCUCCGCGGGCUCAUCCGCGAAUCGCGCCUGCGCUGGCUUUGGCGCGAGGCUGCAGCUCGCGACGAGGACCUCGAGCACGCGGCCAGCGGCGCCGCCGUCCGCGGCCUCCGACGGCGGCUGCACGACACUCAGGCGAACGCCGAGCAGCGGGCGCGGCGGUCCAGCGCCCGCAACGCAGCCCUCGGCGGGCUCUGGCCCGUCGCUCGCCAGCCGUCCUCGACUCGCCGCUGCGCCGCUCGGGCGCUUGCCCCGCGCGGCGCGGCACGGCGCGGCACUUCGCCUGGCGGCGCCCCGCCCUCGCGGCGGAGAGGCGCGACGGCGGGCGACGAGGCGUUGCCGGCGUUCGCCGACGUGGCCGCGGCCCCCGACAGCGAGGGCCCCCGCUACUCGAGGGCCCUGGCCCCCGACCAAAUGGCCGCCCCCCCGCCGCCGCUGGAGACCGAGGAGGCGCGUUGGAGCAGCAGCUGCGGCUACGGGGCCCGGGCGGGCGCCAGCGCACUGUGCGCCGACGGCUCGACGACGCGCCGCAAGGCGGGGUCGCCCGAGGUGCGCGCUGGCUGGGGGCUCGCGGCGCUGCAGGCCCGCGGCGCGGCGCGCGGCGCCCGGGGGCGCGUCCCCGCCCGAGCGCCGCAGGGCGCCAGCGCGGGCGAGAUCCUGGCCGCGGCCCGCGCCCUGCGCUGGGGCAAGCCUGGCGCGGGCGGAACCUUCGAGAUCGGGACGGACUGCGAGCUGCUUGCGACGGGGUUCGCCGCGGGCAGGGCCCGGCGCCGCGCGUGGGAACGCCCGCGCCUGGAGAUGCGGCGCGAGUUCUUGCGGGCCGCGGAGAGCUUCGGAGGCCAGCAGCACGCGCGGGCCACCAAGGCGACGGGGCACGCCGCGCCCCCAUCGGUCUGCGACGGCGCCACCGCUCCGGACGACUACGAGGGCAACCGCGCCGCGGACAGCUUCGCCCGGGAGGGCGCGAAGCUCCGCCCCGCGCGCGAGGCGGCGGCGAGGCGGAUCGAGCUGGCCGACGCGAUCGCGGCGGCGACGGCUCGUUGGUUCGGCGAGGCGCUGCAGCUGGGGAGCGACGCCCUCGCGGCGGUCGACGGCGCGGGCGCGGGCACCGCGGGGCCCGCCUGCUGCGGGCGCGGGCGCCGGCGACGAGGCGCCGCGCGCUGCCGCGACGGCGGGCCAGGAGGCGCCGAGGGCGCGGGAGCGGCCGCCGCUGGCGCCGCAGCGGCGGCGGCGACGGCGUCCCAGGCGCGCGGCGGCGCCCAGUGCGGCGACGGCAGCGCGGAGGAGGGCAGCGCAGCCGUGGGCGCCGAGCGCCGCCUCGUCUUCUGCGCGGUCUGCGGCUGCUGCGCGGACGGCGCGAGAGUUGCGUCGCUCCGCAACCAGCGCGCGGGAGGCGCCAGCGCCCGCCAGGCAGCCGCGCUGAGGAGGGCGCGGCAGGGGAGGCACCCCGCGCGGAGCGGCGCAAGUGCCGAGCUCGGCGGCGGCCGCCCUGAGCCGCUGAGCCGCCAGCGCAGCCGCUCGCGUGGGCGCAGCUCGGAGGCGGGAGGCCCGAGCCGAUGA